AUGGACGACAAUGGAAGCAAACUGGAAUCAGUACUGAAACACCUGCUGCACGCAUUAAAGAUGCUCACGGACAGUCUUCAGGCUCAGACAACCAGCGCAGCAGAUGAACUCAGUCUCGACCGAUUCUUUCAAAUGGCUGGCGUGGAGCCGUCUCAGCUGGAAGCUUUGUGCAGUUCAGAACGGGACGGUGGGACGCCAGUGACACAUGAUAGCACCGAAAAGCUGCAUGCGUACGACACCGCAAUCACGUUGGAGCAAAAGUACAACGGGAUGGGCGCGACUGCCCCAUCCAGGGCGGAGGAGGAGGCCAACAGUUAUCGACGCAAACUGGCCGCAUACCAGGAGGGACAACAAAAGCAAGCCCUGUUGAUACAAAAAUUGCAGGCGAAGCUGCAAACAACGACGGAGAACUUAAAUUUACGUGUGGAAGCUUCAGAAGCGCGGGCCAGGGCUUUGGAACAAGAGCGGUCACACCAAUUAGAAGGCACUUUGGUCAAACUGCACGAGGAACAGCAGCGUGCAAACGAGUUAAUUCAGACGAAUGAAAUUCUCCGAGAUCAGCUGAACCAAGCAGUACAAGCUAAUCAGGGACUCAGUCAGGAUGUAGCUCGACUCACUUUGGCUUGGCGUAACGCUGCGCAACAGCUGGACAAACGUGAGACAGAGUGGCGUGAGGAAGAGAGUGCUUUCAACGACUAUUUCGCGGCGGAGCACAGUCGGUUGCUCGCUCUUUGGCGCGCAGUGGUCGGGCUGCGGAGACAAUUCGGUGAUUUACGGCAACACACUGACCGAGAUCUGAUCUAUGCUCGCAACGAGUUAACUCGAUAUGUGCGCAGUAUACAGUCAGUGUGCGGUAACCUGGAAGUGAACAUACGCGCCGCGGAGGCCGAGGCUCAAUCACAUCUAAAACGGGAGUCUAAACACGCCACGGCUGUGGAACUUGAGGCUGCAGAUCGGGUGCGCUCGCUCACGGAAUCACUUGCGCGCAGUCAGGCGCGGUUGGCGGAAACGGAGCACAAAAUGACAGAGCUGGUUGCUGCGCGGGAGAGGCUUGCUUCACAGUUGGCUGACCGAGACCGCAUUUUAUCGACAAUGAGCCAGCUUCGGUCCGGGAUAUCAUACUUGGACGGUUCAGAGUCCAAACACAGAAAGAAAGCUUUUAAACGAGGUAAACGAAGCUUGCAUCCGGAGUCAGAGGCAUCGGAAGAAGGUGAUGAAUCUGUGCAAGACCUGGGCACUUCGUUAGAGGACAAUGAGGACCAUCUGAAAGCGACGAAACGACUAAUUGAGCACACUCACGUCAUGCAUCGAGCUCUGGGCCAGAUAGCACAGUUGGUCAUCUCCGAUUCCUUGAUCGCGGAUGCUGAUGAGGCCGAAGAGCCCACACUCAAUCCCCAACAUCCAGACUGGUCUGCAGGUCGGGACUCAGCACGAUCACUGGAAGCGAGAAGUCAAAAGUCAGAGGAAUCUUUGGUCGCUCAUGGUCGACCAGAUGAGGAGAGGGUCGGAGCGCAAUCAACUUCUUCAUUACUAGCCAUCGAAGUGCAUGACGGAGCUGAGUCGGACCAGACGGUUCAACGGAUGUAUGCUAUUAGUCCAAGUGAAAUGGGCCAGCUGAGGCGACUUGCCCAUUCGAAAUAUCAAGCUGGAUCCAGUUCGCAUCUAGCCGAGUCCGCACUGUCCGCAGUACAAGCGGCACUAAAUCGCAGAGCAGCCCACCCGCACUCAUGUCACUUAAGACUCCGCAUGCUCUUCCGCUAA